GCUUCCGGCGUUAUUGCCCACGCGACUUCCGGUGGAGACAUGGCGGCUCUCUGCGGUGUCCGCUGGCUGACCCGGGCGCUGGUGGCCGCCCCGAACCCCGCGCCAUGGAGGAGCCUGGGCACGUCGGCCGCGGCCCAGGCCGCCUCGCGGAGCCAGGCCGAGGACGUGAAGGUGGAGGGCGCGUUCCCCGUGACCAUGCUGCCGGGCGACGGCGUGGGCCCCGAGCUGAUGCACGCCGUCAAGGAGGUGUUCAAGGCCGCCUGUGUCCCCGUGGAGUUCCAGGAGUACCACCUGAGCGAGGUGCAGAAUAUGGCCUCUGAGGAGAAGCUGGACCAAGUGCUGAAGUCCAUGAAGGAGAACAAAGUGGCCAUUAUUGGAAAGAUCCACACCCCGAUGGAAUACAAGGGGGAACUGGCCUCCUAUGAUAUGCGGCUGAGGCGAACAUUGGACUUGUUUGCCAAUGUUGUGCACGUGAAGUCACUUCCUGGGUACAUGACCCGGCACAACAAUCUGGAUCUGGUGAUCAUUCGCGAACAGACGGAAGGCGAGUACAGCUCCCUGGAACACGAGAGCGCCAAGGGUGUGAUUGAGUGCUUGAAGAUCGUCACUCGAGCCAAGUCCCAGCGCAUCGCCAAGUUCGCCUUUGACUAUGCUACCAAGAAGGGGCGGAGCAAGGUCACAGCUGUCCACAAGGCCAACAUCAUGAAACUCGGGGAUGGCUUGUUCCUGCAAUGCUGUAAGGAAAUUGCUGAGUUAUACCCCAAAAUCAAGUUUGAGACAAUGAUCAUAGAUAACUGCUGCAUGCAGCUGGUGCAGAACCCUUACCAGUUUGAUGUGCUUGUGAUGCCCAAUCUCUACGGGAACAUCAUUGACAAUCUGGCUGCUGGCCUGGUGGGGGGAGCCGGCGUGGUCCCCGGUGAGAGCUACAGCGCUGAGUACGCAGUCUUCGAGACGGGUGCCCGGCACCCGUUUGCCCAGGCGGUGGGCAGGAAUAUCGCCAACCCCACAGCCAUGCUGCUCUCCGCCUCCAACAUGCUCCGGCACCUCAAUCUCGAGUACCACUCCACCAUGAUUUCCGACGCCGUGAAGAAAGUGAUCAAAGUCGGCAAGGUGCGGACUCGAGACAUGGGCGGCUACUGCACCACCACCGACUUCAUCAAGUCCGUCAUCGGCCACCUGCACCCCCAAGGGGGCUAAGCCCAUUAUUCCUUGCAACCUAACAAGGACCAUCCCACCUCCACAUCCCUUCAGUACAGUGGACCAGCCAGAAGCAAGCCCUUAGGCCUAUAGCCAGACCAGUCACUGCCGCUCCUGGGCAGCCUAGGUUGUCC